AUGAUCCAGCUCAAGUCUAUGCUCAACUGCAUUGACAACUCGGGCGCUGCCCUGGUCGAGUGUGUCAAGGUGCUCAAGAUGAAGAGAGCCGCAAAGAUCGGCGACCGUAUCAUCGUCGUCGUGCAGAAGCAGCGCAACUUUGGUCCCGAAUCGGGCCCCGGAGGCAGUGUGUCCAUCAGCGCAGCCAACAAAGUCCGCCGUGGCGACAUCAGACACGCCGUCGUCGUCCGUACCGCAAAGAAAUACCAAAGACCCGAUGGCAGUGUUGUCAAGUUCGAUGACAACGCCUGCGUUCUCAUCAACAAGGGAGGAGAGCCCAUCGGCUCAAGACUGAACGGUGCGCAUAUCUGUCGCCUUGGCCGUCGCACAUCAACUGACGCCGUCUAG